AUGUGGUGCCCCUACUGCGCGCGGCUCUGGCUGCUCCUCGAGGCGCUCCGCGUGCCCUACACCACCAAAACGAUCCCGCUGAGCCGCUACCUCAAACCGGGCGAGAAGAAGCCGGCGGAGUACACGUCGCAGGUGCCCUCCGGCGUCGUGCCCGCGCUGCAGUUCGAGCAGGCCGACGGCACCUACGGCCCGGCCGUCGACGGCGUCGCGCGGCUCUUCGACGCGCUCCUGAGCGACGCGGCGACGGCCGCGCCGCCGUGCGAGGCGCUCGAGGCCGCGCUGCCGCGCUUCGAGAUGGCGCGGCGCGGCUACGAGGCCUGCGCGGGCGCGCCGACGCGGCUCGCGCCCGACGCGUGCUUCGACAUGGGCGUCGGCGAGGCCUGCGCGACAUUGGACGCGGCGCUCGCGGGCUACGAUUUUACGUUCCCGCGGGGGCUGUCGCCGUCGGACUGCAAGCUGUUGCCCUUGCUCGAGCGGCUCGAGGCCGUGCUGCCCUACUUCUUCGGGGACGGCGCGUUCGAGCGCUUGCCCUUCGGCCGGGCGCGGGCCUACCUCGAGGGCGCGCGGGCGCGCACGUUCUUCGGCGCCAUCGCGUCCGACCGGACGACCUUGGCGCGGACGAACCUGCGCUACGCGAACCCGCACUUCGCCCCGGACGCCGGCGCGGCGCGCCUGAUCGACCACGAGGGGGUUGCGUGCACCGCCGAGGACCGCCGCGACGCCGCCGCGCGCCUCGCGAAGAACCACGCGGCCGUGGCGAAGUUCGCGCUCCGCGCGGCGUCCGCGGACAACCGCCCGGACGAAACGCUCGUCGCCGCCGUCGACGACGCGCUGCGGGCCACGGCGGACUCGCUCCUCGGCGGCGACGCCAGCCUGCCGCCGGGGCCGCCGCGCGUCGCCGACGCGCUCCUCGCGCUGUCCUACAACGUCGGCGUGCCGCGCGACAUGGCCCGGGGGCCCGCGGCCGCGUUCCGCGGCGCGCUGCGCGACCUCGCGGCCCAGCAGGCGACGCCGCCGCGCGCGCCCGACGGCAAGUGGGAGACGGCGGGGAACGGGGACUGCUGGCUUAAGUUUACCUGGUGUUUGGGGGCGGCGUACAAGCACAAGAAGGAGCGCGACGCGAAAGUCGCGCUCGCGCGGCGGCUCGACUCGCUGCAGCGGGAGCACGCGAUGGUCACGGCGUCCAACGCCGCUCGCGGCACGGAGCUCGAGGAGACGCGCCGGCAACGCGACGCCGUCGACGAGGCGCUCGGUCGCGCGCGGGCCGAGCGCGACGCGUUCGAGGCCGACGCGCGCGAGCUCGGAGCCGCCGCGGCGCUCUCGCGCGCGGCGGCCUUCGACGCCGCCGUCGACAAGGUCGUCGCGGAGGUCGCGGAGCCCGCGCUUUCGAAGAUCCUCGUGGCGGCCCGCGGCGUCGCCCGGAACGCGCGCGACGACGCGCCCAAGGCCUGGCGGCUCAACGGCCGGAGCGACGCGUUCCGGCGGAACUUCGCGACGCCGGCGGCCGUGGACCUGCUCGCGGCGCUCGGCUUCGCGCAGGGCGCCGACGGCCACUACCGCGUCGUCGCCGCCGCGGCCGCCGCGGGCGUCGCGAGCGGCUUCUACGCGACGGCGACGCGGCGGCUCGAGGCGGCGCGCGCCGCGCGGCUCCCGCCGCUCGCGGCCGCGCUCGGCCUCGCGUACCUCGAGCUCGACGCGGGCCCGAAGGACGGCACCUGCCGCCCGCGCUGGGAGCCCUUCGAGCCCGCGGCGGCCCAGCGCGUCUACGCGUGGCUCGCGCACUGUGUGGAAAUCAACCACUGGCUCGCGCAAAAGGCCGAGCCGCGCGAGUCGCCCGCGGCGUGCGCGGAGCGCCUCGUCCGGGGCCGGGGCAAGUCGGCCGUGUCCUUCGAGUCCGGCGGCGCCCGGUACGACCUCUACCUCGGCCCGCGCGGCGAGCUCAAGCAGGUCAAGGCGCAGCCCGCGUCCGCGGCCGGCGGCGCGGCGUCGGGCUACGAGCGGUCCGUGUCGUUCAUGACCGCGGCCGGCCGCGCGUACGAGCCGCCCGUGCUCUGCUGCGGCGGCCUCGAGUGCCGGCGCGGCGACGGCACGCGCGACGUCGACCGCGACGCGCUGACGUCCCGCGGCGCGACGCUCGAGGCGGCCCUGCCCGCGCCGCGCUUCGAGCGCCUCGCCGCGGACUCGCACGCCUUCCUCGACGCCGCGGCCCUCGUGCGCACGUCGCUCGCGCCGGCGCUCGACGGCGUCCGCGGCGUCGCCCGCGGCGUCGCGCGCAUGAUCGCGGGAGCCCCCCGGGGCGUCUCGCGCAAGAUCGCGUCGACGGAGCCGCCGGUCGUGAUCCUGGCCGUCCACGCGGUGCGCAACGCGGAGCGCGGCGCGUUCUUCGACCUCGCCGUCGACCAGUUCGCCGCGCGGGGCGAGCCGCCCAACGUCACGAAGGCCUUCCACGGGACGACGCUCGGCGCGUGCGCGCCCAUCGCGGGCCACGGCUUCGUGCUCCGCGACCGCAACGCGUCCGUCUACGGCGUCGGCGCCUACUUCUCGCCCGCGGGCCGGCGCCGGGGGCUCAUGGCCCUGGACCCGACCUACGCGUCGCCGGACGCGGCCGGGCGCCAGCACCUGCUCCUCUGCUCCGUCGCGCGCGGCGAGUCCGAGCGCCUCAAGGCCGGCGGCGCCCGCGGCCACGCGCAGAUGCAGCCGUCGCCGCCCGAGGACGGCGUCCGCUUCACGACGGGCGUCGACGCCGAGACCAUCGACGACGCGUCGCGGCUCGUCGUCUGGGGCGGCAUCCUCAACACGCACGUGCGCGUCGACGCCGUCGUCACGCUACGCUGCCUCGACCGCGACGAGCUCACCGGCGACCUCCGCGACGGCGUCGACCCCCUCGAGUCGGACCCCGCCGAAGAGACCACGCCCGAGAAAGCGCGCGACGACUAA